AUGUCUACACGCAACAACCAUACGAUGAACAUGACAACUUCGCACGGAACUGCGCGGCCUUCAAUGGCGACCAGUUCAGGCGGAGCCGUCAAGGCGCGACAGCUUGCACAACUUCAUGCCCAACUAGCGCAACUGUCAAACAACCUUUCAGAUACAGAGAAUUUACUACGGAUGACGAGCGUGCAAGCAGAGGCGAUGCGUGGGCUGGGAAGUUGGCACGCUGGGAUGUUCAUGGCAGCGAGCAAACUUGGCGAGGAGGCUGUACGGGAUCAGGGACAAGGUCAAGGAGAUUCCAAGUAG